AUGUCUCUGGCGGGAAAGGUUGCCAUUGUGAGCGGCUCCUCAUCUGGCAUUGGGGCUGCGGUCGUUCAAGAGCUGUCUAGACGAGGAGCUACCGUCGCGAUCAAUUAUCCCUUUCCCAGCGAAAGGGAUAAUGCAGAAUCAGUCUUGAAAACACUGGCUCCGGACACCAAGGCAAUCAUCGUCGAAGCGGACUUGUCCAGUUAUGAAGGACCGAAAAUUCUAGCCCAAACAGUCGCCGAUGCCUUUAGCAAGAUCGACAUUCUGGUCAAUAACGCGGGUGUGGUUCUUCCGGCCGAGGUGGAUGAUCCUGACGACUCGGUGAUUGCAAAUGUUUGGGACCAAACGGUCAAUCUAAAUGGUCGAGGGGUUCUCCUGCUGACGAGGGAAGUCUUGAAAUAUCUCAGUCCCCAGAACUCCCGCAUCGUCAACAUUGCCAGCGGCAUCUCCCGUGCUCCCGCCCCAAAGCAGACCAUUUAUGCUGGCUCUAAAGGCAUGGUCGAAGCCUUUACGCGUUGUUGGGCGAGAGAACUUCCGCGAAAGUAUGGAUGCACGGUCAAUGCCGUAGCCCCGGGGCCGGUUGGGACACAAGCAUUAUACUCAGCCCCCCAAGCAGUGAUUGACGAUCUGAAACCGGUGAUCGAGAAUACGCCAGUGGCUUCGCGCCUCGCCAAGCCGGAGGAGAUAGCAUGGACGGUCGCAAUGUUGUGCGAAGAGGAAGCUGGCUGGCUAAAUGGCACCUAUAUUCCUGUGGCAGGCGGGAUCGUGUUGGGCUAG